AAACACCAUUAAGAUAAUGGCUUUUAAUUCUUAUGAAUAGGUUGUCAGAUAUGGAGCGGGUGGAAUUUUGGCCCACUCUCCUUUGCAAAAGUGCUUUGGUUCAGACACAUUGGAGGGUUUUGGAGCAUGAACUGCCUGUUUAAGGUCCUGCCUCAGCAUCUCAGUUGGUUCAAGUCAGGACUUUGACUAGACCACUCCAAAACUUUAAUCUCAGAGGUGGACUUACUCCUGUGCUUUGGAUCAUUGUCUUGCUGCAUCAUGCAGUUCUGCUUGUAUUUCAACUUAGGGAUUGAAGACUGGAGAUUCUCCUUUAGGAUUUUCUGAUAGAGAGCAGAAUUCAUGUUUUCCUUGACUAUUGCCGAGGCCCUGAAGCAGCAGAGCAUCCCCACAAGUGCCACCUCCAUGCUUGACUGUAGGUAUGAUGUUCUUUUUGUGGAAUUCUGUGUUUGGUUUACGCCAGAUGUAACGGGACUCCUGUUGUUUAAAGAAACAUACCCGGAUUAGGAAAUGCUUCACAGUUUGUCAAAUUUCAGUCGUAGUCGGCAGGAUUUGAACCUGUGUGGGGAGACCCUAAUGGAUUUCUAGUGCAUCGCCAAGUCCAUAGGGAACAUUCUGUGAAAUGUUCAACCCUGGAGGUGUGAGGUGAACGUGCUAUCAAAAGUCUUGCAUAUGUUAGUAGUUUUGUUUUGUGUCAUAAAGAUGGUUUUAAGAUAUUGUCGAAUCUCAAUAAGAAAAACAUCAAACAUAGACUACAUGUAUAGACUACAAACAAAACUUCAUUCCAGUGUAAACAGAAAUAAACUUCAAUAUAUUGUUAUUAAUUUGAACAGACUUUUCCAUACGAGCUCAGAACCUAAAUAAAUGCUCUCUGGCUGUUUACACAGUUAACAUUCUGUAUUAAUAUCUCUUCUAAAUUUCUUCAUAUAAACAUUGACUGGGUCGACACGAUGAAUUAGCAGAAGUGAUCUUUAUCUGCUGUUUCUGCUGUCAGUGUUGAGUGGAACAGGUCAUACCUGUCUCUCUAAAACUCCUCCCAUUAAGGAAGUACAGAGUCUGAGACGACUGCAGUCCUUUUGCAGUGUUCUGCUCUGGUGAGUUUAGUUUUAUUCUCGGUUUAUGGAGAAUUCUGAGUCUCAUUUUCAGCUCUGUGAAAGGAAGUGAUUACUAACUGGACCUGCAAAGUCGUAUAUUAACUUUAAACAAACCUGAAAUCAGGGUGUGAUUACUUUUGAUCAAAGUGAAAGUGAAUCUGAACAUUGGGACCGGAGAGAACAACAGCAGCAGCAGAAUAAAAUGGCUUCUAAGUUUUCAGAGGAGGAGUUCUCUUGUCCUGUGUGCUGUGAAAUCUUCACGGAUCCUGUUCUCCUGCGCUGCAGUCACAGUGUGUGUAAAGUGUGUUUGCAGAAGUUCUGGGAGACCAAAGGAUCCAGAGAAUGUCCUGUUUGUAGGAGGAAGUCGUCUAUGGAGGAGCCUCCCAGAAAUCUGGCCUUAAAGAACCUGUGUGAGACUUUCUUACAGGAGAGAAGUCAGAGAUCUUCAUCAGCGUCUGAAACAGUCUGCAGUCUGCACAGUGAGAAACUCAAACUCUUCUGUCUGGAUGAUCAACAGCCGGUGUGUUGGGUGUGUCGGGAUUCAAAAAUACACACCAACCAUAAAUUCUGCCCCAUUGAUGAGGCAUUAACAGACUGUAAGGAGGAGCUGAAAACUGCUCUGAAGCCCCUACAGGAGAAACUGAAGAUCUUUAAAGACUGUAAACUGCACUGGAGUCAGACUGCAGAACAUAUAAAGAUUCAGGCCCAACACACAGAGCGGCAGAUUAAGGAGGAGUUUGAGAAGCUUCACCAGGUUCUACGAGAUGAAGAGGCAGCCAGGAUAGCUGCACUGAGAGAGGAAGAGGAGCAGAAGAGUCAGACGAUGAAGGAGAAGAUUGAGAAGCUGAGCAGAGACAUGUCAUCUCUUUCAGACACAAUCAGAGGCGUAGAAGAGGAGAUGAGAGCUGAAGACGUCUCGUUCUUACAAAACUACGAGGCCACAGUGAGAAGAGCUCAGUGCACACUGCAGCAUCCAGAGGAGCUUUCAGGACCACUGAUCCAUGUGGCAAAACAUCUGGACAACCUGAAGUUCAGAGUCUGGGAGAAGAUGCAGGACGCGGUCCAAUACACACCUGUAACUCUGGACCCCAACACUGCUCAUCCUAAACUCAUUGUAUCUGAUGAUCUGACCAGUGUGAGAUUCAGUGAUGAGGAACAGAAGCUUCCUGAUAAUCCAGAGAGAUUUGAUUUUUCUGGCUGUAUCCUGGGCUCUGAGGUCUUUAACUCAGGGACACACUGCUGGGACGUUGAAGUAGGAGACUGUACACGGUGGUUAGUGGGUGUGAUGACAGAAUCUGCUCAGAGGAAGGGAGAGAUAUUCUCCAGAAGUGGAAUCUGGUGUGUGUGGUAUUUUGGUGGUAAAUAUAGAACAUGUUCUACACCACAGUCAUUCACUCUCCUCUCAGUAACACAGAAUCUCCAGAGGAUCAGAGUGCAGCUGGACUGGAACAGAGGAAAGCUGUCGUUCUCUGACCCUCUCACUAACACACACAUACACACUUUCACACACACAUUUACUGAUAAAUUACUGCCAUUUAUAAGAGUUGGUUGUAAUAAAUCUCCUGUAAAGAUCCUCCCACUUCAGUGCUCUGUAAGAGUGAAUCAGAUCAGUUAGAGCUGAUAUUGUUUUAUUCCAAUUCAUUAAUGAAAUAUUGCUGAUGAAAAGAUUCAUGUUCUCUGUGAAAGUCUGUUUUUACUGAACACUUCAUUGUGGAAUUUAUUUUGAAGUGUUAUAUUAUUAUUUCGACUCACCUUAACAAUUACAUCAAAAUAAUGUGAAAACUCAAAAUAAUAAGAUAAUAUCUGGAAUAUUAAUAUAUCUUGAAAUUCCAAGUUAUUAAAUUAAAAUUUUUAAGUGAAAAUAACGACCUACUGUGUUGAAAUAAUGAAUUAUUAAAUAAAAAUAAUGUGAUAAAGUUCAAAUAAGUCCAUAGUACAUUUUCCCCACAAUGUUCAGUUCAGGGCUUCCAGAAACAAAUAAACCACAGAAUGAUGUGUAAAUGUAGAUCUCUAUGAGUUAGAUUAUUACAUUUUAUUCCUGAAUUUAAAUCACUGUAAAUAAACUGAGGCUUUGAA